CGGUCCCUUCACCCGGUGAGAAGCUCCGGCUCCGGAUCGCCAGGUGGGGACGGGGGUCACGGACAAACAAGGCGCCACAGGAGGCGCUGUCCGCGCUGCACAGGGCGGGUCAGAGGCCCGGCGACGCUGCCUGGGGGACCGGGGACAGGGACCGCCGUGCCCGGGUCCCCUCCUUUCCCGCCGCUCCCGACCCCGCUCUGCCCCCGGGGUCCGAUGGCGGCGGCCGCGCGGAGGGAGCCGGCUCAGGACAGUGUGACCUUUCAUGAUGUUGCCGUGUACUUCUCCCAGAAGGAAUGGAGGCUCCUUGAUGAUGCUCAAAGAUGCCUGUACCUGGAUGUGAUGCUGGAGAACUUUGCACUCAUAUCUUCACUGGGUUGCUGCUGUGGAGCAGAGGAUGUGGAGGCUCCCUUUGAACAGAGCGUUUCUGUAGAAGUUUCAUCUGCCAGGACUCCCAAGGCAGCUCCAUCUUCCCAGAAGACCCACCCCUGUGAGACAUGUGGUCCAGUCUUGAGAGAGAUUUUCCACUUGGCUGAGCAGCAAGGACCACAACACAGACUGCAACUGUUGAGGUGUGGGGCUUGUGCAAAACAAUUUGAUUUCAGUGCAAAGUUUCAACAGCACCAGGAGCAGCACACGGGAGAGAAACACCUCAGAAGCAGUGUGGACAGGGCCUCGUUUGUGAAGAGCUGCAGAUUCCAUGUGUCAGAGAAGCCCUUUCCCUGGGGGGAGGUUGGGAAGGACUUCCUGGCCAGCUUGGGACAUCAGCAACAACUGACCACUCAUACUGUGGAGAAGCCAAACAAAAUCACCCAGUACGAGGCCACUUUACCAGGCAGAAAAAGUCAUUACACCUGGGGAGAAUACAAGAAAGCCUUCAGCCCCAAAGGCACACUUGUUCAGGACCAGGGUGUCCACUCUGGAAGACAGUGUUUUCUGUGCCAUGAGUGUGGGAAAACAUUCAGGUACAAAUCCUCAUUUGUUGUGCACCAGAGAGUCCACACUGGAGGAGGGCUUCAUGUGUGUGAAGAAUGUGGGAAAUCUUUUAUCACUCGUACUGCUCUCCGGUAUCAUCACAGAGUUCACACUGGAGAAAGGCCUUAUGAGUGUAGUGAAUGUGGGAAGUCCUUUACCCGAAAAAAUGACCUCUUUAUACACCUAAGAGUUCACUCAGGAGAAAGGCCUUAUGGGUGCACUGAAUGUGGGAAAUCUUUUACUUUUAGCUCCAGCCUUCGUUAUCACCACAGAGUGCACACAGGAGAAAGGCCUUAUGAGUGCCGUGAGUGUGGGAAAUCUUUUAACGAUAGGUGGACACUCAUUCGACACCGGAGAAUUCACACAGGAGAAAAGCCUUAUGUGUGCAGUAAAUGUGGGAAAUCUUUUACCUUUAGCUCCACCCUCCGGUAUCAUCAGCGAGGUCACCUUGGAGAAAGGCCUUAUGAGUGCAGUGAAUGUGGGAAAUCUUUUACCUCUAGCUCUGCCCUUCGUUAUCAUCAGAGAGUUCACACAGGCGAAAGGCCUUAUGAGUGUAGUGAAUGUGGGAAAUCUUUUAUCUCUAAGUCUUAUCUCCAUUCUCAUCAAAGAGUUCAUUCUGGAGAAAGACCUUAUGAGUGCAGUGAAUGUGGGAAAUCCUUUAUCCAAAGAAAUAACCUCACUUUACACCAGAGAGUUCACACAGGAGAAAAACCUUACAAGUGUAGUGAUUGUGGAAAAUCUUUUAACAAUAGGGUGACGCUCAUUCAACACCGGAGAGUUCACACAGGAGAAAAGCCUUAUGAGUGCAGUGAAUGUGGGAAAUCCUUUACUACUAGCUCUGCCCUCCAUUAUCAUCAGAAAUUUCACACAGGAGAAAGUCCUUACGAGUGCAGUGAAUGUGCGAAAUCUUUUAUCUCUAAAUAUGACCUUCAUUCUCAUCAGAGAGUUCAUUCUGGAGAAAGGCCGUAUGAAUGCAGUGAAUGUGGGAAAUCUUUUACCUCUACCUCUGGUCUUGGUUAUCAUCAGAGAGUUCACUCAGGAGAAAGGCCUUAUGUGUGCAGUGAAUGUGGGAAAUCUUUUAUCUUUAGCUCCAAACUCCGUUAUCAUCAGAGAGUUCACACUGGAGAAAGGCCUUAUGAGUGCAGUGAAUGUGGGAAAACUUUUAAGGAUCGAUCCCAAUUCAAUAAACACCACAGAGUUCACACUGGUGAAAGGCCUGAUGAGUGUAAUGAAUGUGGGAAGUCCUUUACCCAAAAAUCUUCCCUCUUAAUACACCAGAACAUUCACAGUAGAAAAAAGUCUUAUGAGUGCAGUGAAUGUGGGAAAUCUUUUACCUCUAUCUCUGGCCUUGGUUAUCAUCAGAGAGUUCACUCAGGAGAAAGGCCUUACAAGUGCAGUGAAUGUGGGAAAUCUUUUAUCUUUAGCUCCAAACUCCGUUAUCACCAGAGAGUUCACACUGGAGAAAGGCCUUAUGUGUGCAGUGAAUGUGGGAAAUCUUUUUUCAGUAGCGACACCCUCUCUUAUCAUCUGAGAGUUCAUGCAGGAGAAAGGCCUUAUGAAUGCAGUGAGUGUGGGAAAUCUUUUACCUCUAGUUCCACCCUCCGUUAUCAUCAGAGAGUUCACACAGGAGAAAGGCCUUAUGAGUGUAGUGAAUGUGGGAAAUCUUUUAUCUCUAGCUCCAACCUCCGUUAUCAUCAGAGAGUUCACACAGGAGAAAGGCCUUAUGAGUGCACUGAAUGUGGGAAAUCUUUUAUCUCUGGCUCCAAACUCCGUUUUCAUCAGAGAGCUCACACUGGAGAAAGGCCCUAUGACUGCAGUGAAUGUGGGAAGUUUUUUAUGCGAAAAUCUACCCUCUCUAGACACCGGAAAGUUCACACUAGAGAAAGGCCUUAGAUGGGCAAGGAAUGUGCAAUUUUCUUUGCAGUGGAAUGACACCACUGGGAACUAUGUGAAGAGCCAUCUGUCUGAAUUGAUUCUCAUACAUCUGAACAUGCACAGUGGGGAGAUUUCCUGUAAGUUUCAGUUGUGUGGGAAGCUUGUGUAAAUACGUUGCCCUUUCUAACGUGUCUCUUUCUAGAUUGAUGUCACUCCUAGUUUCUGUAGACCAAGCCAUUUCACCUCUACCAUCUGGCAGGUCCACACAGUGUGCAUCAGUCACGACCCCAGUGUGCUCAGGGAAGCUGACCUCUGUUCUCCCAUGUAUUAGAGCAAGUUAGGAGUAGCCUGAGCCCUUAGGGCUCAGGUUUCCCUCUGCCUUGACUUCCUUCAAUAUGGACCUGAAUCACUGUUGGCCCACAGAAUACCAUGAGUUGCACUGGCAGC